AGAUGUUCCAGUCGCUCAGAGGCUCCCAAGGCCUCCUCCGGAGCAGGCGCGAAGUGGCACGCAGCCGCGACUCCUCCUCUGCCGAAGCCCAGGAGCGAAGACUCCGCCUCGGGCUCUCACUGCUUCCCUCGACGAGGCCCUGGGCCGCGGCUGCUGGUGUGGUCUCUCGCUGAGCUGUCUGUCGCUGCUCCCUCGGGUGGAAUGGCUCCAUUGCGCUUCGCCGCCAACCUGGCCUGGCUCUUCCAGGAGCACCCGACGCUGCCCCAGCGGAUAGAGGCGGCGGCGCAGGCGGGCUUCCAGGCGGCUGAGCUGGGGUUUCCUUACGCCUGCAGCGCCUCGGAACUGAGGGCGGCGGCGGAACGGGCCGGACUAGAGCUCAUCCUGCUCAAUACCCCGCCAGGAAAUCAAGAAAAAGGUGACAAGGGCUUAGGUGCCGUGCCUGGCCGUCAGCUUGAGUUCCGAGAGACCCUGGCUUUGGCUGUGCAAUAUGCCAAGACUCUGCAGUGUCCAAGAAUUCACCUUCUGGCUGGGCGACUUCCUGUGGGGGCUGAGCGGGAGGCAGUGUCUGCUGAGAUGGAAGCCACCUUCACAGAGAACCUCAGAUACGCUGCUGAUAUCCUGGCUCAGCAAAACCUAAUUGGACUACUGGAGCCUAUUAACAGUAGGAUUACUGAUCCUCGCUACUUCUUGACCACCCCACAUCAAGCUGCUGCCAUCUUGAAGAAAGUGGGAAGCCCUAACCUGAAGUUGCAACUGGAUAUUUUCCAUUGCCAAAUCAUGGAUGGGAAUUUGACUCAGAACCUGGAGAUGUAUUUCCCAAUUCUUGGACACAUUCAGGUUGCUCAGGUACCAGCACGGCAUGAGCCUGACAGCCCUGGAGAACUAGACUUCUCGUACCUCUUCCAGCUUCUGGAGUCAAUGGGUUACAGUGGUUAUAUAGGAUGCGAGUAUGCUCCUAGAGGAGACACAGUAAAGGGGCUCAGCUGGCUACGGUCGUACUGGGAGAGACAUGGUCUACGUGAUGGUGGAAGCUGAGGGGUUAAGCCCAGGGGCUGAGAAACUAGAACAAAGUGCAUCAUAGAUGGAAUGAAUGGCACUCUCCACUACCAUGUGGCAGAGGAGGGAAAAAGGCUGAGCGCAGUGCUGGAUCAGUUACCUAAACCUUGUUUCAUUAUAUGCCCCUCUUUGGGCACACAAAUGCAGUGGGAUGUCAUCUCCUAAUAAAGUGGCUCUGCUAGUAUAUUUAA